AUGGCGCGGGCGGGUUCUGUGGCUGGUUUCGGUGGUUCGACGGAAAUCACCCAACUCGCCAACAAUAUCGAACUGGUGCAAAUGUAUUUGCAGCAGGCGCAAGCCUACGCAACGCAAUUGCAGCAGUGGAACACGCAGAUUCAGCAGUAUCAGAACAUGAUUACCAACACGCUGAAUAUCCCGAAUCAGAUUUGGGGGCAAAUCACCAACGAACUUUCUGGCGUAGCGAAUCUGGUCAAGCAAGGGCAGGCUUUGGCCUACUCUGCAACGAAUAUCGGUUCGCAGUUUCAAUCCACGUUCAAGGGCUUCCAGUUCCCGGCUGGUUUCAAUUACAAGACGGAAUACAAAAAGUAG